CGGCGGGUGCCUCGCGCGCGGCCCCGCCGCCUGCCCGCGCGCCGCCGCCAUGCCGAUCAACAAGCCUGAGAAGCUGGACAAGCCGGAGAGCUGUGAUAAUGUGAAGGUUGUUGUCCGGUGCCGGCCUCUGAAUGAACGAGAAAAAACUACAGGCUACAAAAUGGCAGUCAACGUAGAUGAAAUGAGAGGAACUAUAACGGUUCAUAAAACAGACUCAUCCAAUGAGCCUCCCAAGACGUUCACAUUUGACACGGUUUUUGGACCAGAGAGUAAACAGCUGGAUGUCUAUAAUUUAACUGCAAGACCUAUUAUUGACUCUGUCCUAGAAGGAUACAAUGGCACUAUUUUUGCAUAUGGGCAGACUGGAACAGGCAAAACUUUCACCAUGGAAGGGGUCCGAGCAGUUCCUGAGCUUAGAGGAAUUAUUCCCAAUUCUUUUGCCCAUAUAUUUGGUCACAUUGCCAAGGCAGAGGGGGAUACGAGGUUUUUGGUUCGUGUGUCUUACCUGGAAAUUUACAAUGAAGAAGUGCGAGAUCUGCUAGGAAAAGACCAGACACAGAGGUUAGAGGUUAAAGAGAGACCUGAUGUGGGAGUUUAUAUCAAAGACCUAUCAGCCUAUGUCGUAAACAAUGCAGAUGAUAUGGACAGAAUCAUGACUCUGGGCCACAAAAACCGUUCUGUUGGUGCCACAAACAUGAAUGAGCACAGCUCCCGUUCACAUGCUAUCUUCACAAUCACCAUUGAGUGCAGUGAGAAAGGGGUUGAUGGAAACAUGCAUGUUCGCAUGGGCAAACUACACCUUGUUGAUCUUGCUGGUUCUGAAAGGCAGGCAAAAACUGGAGCCACAGGACAGCGAUUGAAAGAAGCUACUAAGAUCAAUCUUUCUCUUUCCACCCUGGGAAAUGUCAUCUCUGCACUCGUGGAUGGCAAGAGCACUCACGUACCCUACCGUAACUCCAAACUUACACGGCUCCUUCAGGAUUCUCUUGGGGGCAACUCCAAAACCAUGAUGUGUGCAAACAUUGGUCCAGCAGACUACAAUUAUGAUGAGACUAUCAGCACUCUCAGAUACGCAAACAGAGCCAAGAACAUCAAGAACAAGGCCAGGAUUAACGAAGAUCCCAAGGAUGCUUUACUCCGCCAGUUUCAAAAAGAAAUUGAGGAGCUUAAAAAAAAAUUGGAAGAAGGGGAAGAGAUUUCUGGCUCUGAGACCAGUGAUUCUGAAGAGGAGGAGGAGGAGGAGGAUGAUGAUGGGGAAAUUGGAGAGGAUGGGGAAAAGCGGAAGAAACGACGAGGCAGUAGCAGCAGCAGUAGUUCAGACUCUACAUGCUCUGUCAUAGAGAAACCUCUGGAUAAAUCCUUCACUAAUCAAGCAGGCAAAAAGAAAGUUUCCCCUGAUAAGAUGGUAGAGAUGCAAGCAAAGAUUGAAGAGGAGAGAAAAGCUCUUGAAACCAAACUUGAUAUGGAAGAAGAAGAAAGAAAUAAAGCCAGAGCUGAACUGGAGAAGAGAGAAAAAGAUUUGCUUAAAGCUCAACAAGAGCACCAGUCCCUGUUGGAGAAACUGUCUGCAUUGGAGAAGAAGGUGAUUGUAGGAGGUGUGGACUUACUGGCAAAAGCAGAGGAACAAGAGAAACUUCUAGAAGAAUCAAAUAUGGAGCUGGAAGAACGACGGAAGAGAGCAGAGCAGCUUCGCAGGGAGCUUGAGGAAAAGGAGCAAGAACGCUUGGACAUAGAGGAGAAGUACACCAGCCUCCAGGAAGAAGCACAAGGGAAAACUAAAAAGCUGAAGAAAGUUUGGACCAUGCUUAUGGCUGCAAAAUCAGAGAUGGCAGAUUUGCAGCAAGAGCAUCAGAGAGAAAUUGAAGGAUUACUGGAGAAUAUUCGGCAGCUGAGCAGAGAGCUUCGUCUUCAGAUGCUUAUCAUAGACAACUUCAUUCCUCAGGACUACCAGGAAAUGAUUGAAAACUAUGUUCACUGGAAUGAAGACAUUGGAGAAUGGCAGCUGAAAUGUGUUGCAUAUACAGGAAACAACAUGAGGAAACAGACUCCUGUCCUGGAUAAAAAGGAAAAAGAUCCCUUUGAAGUGGACCUUUCCCAUGUUUACCUAGCUUACACAGAAGAAAGUCUGAGACAGUCUUUGAUGAAGCUAGAGAGACCGAGGACUUCAAAAGGAAGAUCCAGGCCCAAAACUGGUAGAAGAAAACGUUCUGCAAAGCCAGGAGCUGUCAUUGACUCUCUGCUGCAAUAGGUUUGACGGAUUCAGAACUGCUAUAAAAAUCAGUGAGUGUAUAAUGCUUGGCCACAAUAUGAAACCCAAAAGAGUAGGCACAGUUUGACAAAGUGGUUGCGAAAUCCAUACCGUAUUGGUAUGGACCUUUAUUGAAAAAAACAUUUUUUCCUUAGUUGCCCAUAUAUUGUAUGUUAUAUUAACAUAAUGUUAAACUGGUAUAUAUGGUGGUUGUGAAAUUCUAUGUUAAACAAUUGUGUUGUGCAGGGAAACUAUUGUUGGCAAUCUUAAAGUGUAUAGAAAGCAAGGUUCUAGAUGUGUGUUUAAGUGCUAGACGUGCUAGCCCAAAGUGGUUGGUUAAAAUUUAAAGCUGAUAAAUCUGACUUAUGUUCUGCUUUGCACAUAGAAACUGGCGGCUUUCACUUUUUUUUUCUGUUGCACUGUUCUAUGUGUUUGAAUGUGGUUGCUGCAAACCUAUGAGUUAAAAGGGUUUGAUGCUCAAAUCAAGUUAUUUUAAAUAUUCCUCAUUAUAUCUAUGAACUUAUUUUAUAUGAGAUACAUGUCACAUUUUAUCCCUUUAUUUGCAGUCUUACUAUACAGAGUAGUUGUCAGACUUCUGGGAAGGCACAGUAUUCUGUUUCAGUGCAACAAGUAUGUAAAGUUGUGCUUUUUUUUUUCUACUUGUGUGUAAUCUCCUUGCACUGCAGAGAUUGGCCUUUGAGGCAAAGGCAAGAAAAUACAUUUUGUUUUCCUCCUCUUUUUAAGACUGUGUUGGAGCAUUGCUCUAGUUGUUUCUCAUGCUUCUGACUGAGCUGGUAAAUUAUUAAUUUAUAUGAAUUGUUUUAUUGUAAUCUUGACAGCAGAGAUUAUUUAAAGAGAAUGUUCUGUUGCUAAAGUCUAGAUUCGUCUUGCAGACACUGAGCAUUACAAUUCCAUUUUCUCGUCCCUGCUGCAAAGAGCACUGAACCAGUGCUCUAUAAACUGAAGAUGAAUUUGACUCUCCUGUUAAAAUGGGCAUGAACUGCCCCUUUUUCCUAGAACAGUAACAUCCUCUAAAGUAGUUGAUGCUGUCCUUCUCUGUGUAGACUGUAUCAUCUGUUUCUGGCUAUGCUUUGAGAAAAUAAUUCUGGUCUUUGUUAAUAACCAUCUAUUUGUGGUGGCUGCUCAUAUUCUUAUUUUAUAUUUAUGCUGCUAAUACAGAUAACACUUUAAUAUAUUACUCUUCUGUCAUGGAGAAAAUUAAUCUCCUUUGGACUGUUACAUAACUAAUGCUAGAACAUAUCAGUUGCAGGUAUCCUAACAGUUCCUAUGCCAGUGUGGUGUUAAUUGGCUAUAAUUUCCAUAUAGUCUUACUGUUACCCAGAGUUUAAAAAGCUGAUAUUGACAGGAAAAAAUGAGUCCGUAAGUAUGACAUGAUGAAAAACAAGACAAGUCCUUGGGUGUGCUUAGUUUUUGCUAGUACCUGCAUCUACAGUUACUAGAACACUCUUGUGAAGUACUUACAGUAGUUAAAGUAGUCCAUAUCCCCUUCUUACUAUUGUGAUGCUUAAUGGAGUGUACUGUGUAGAUCUAUGACAGGUGUGAGUUGUCAUUUGAUGAGUAAAGCUGUUCUUUUAAUAGCAUGUUUCAUACAGGAGAAUUUUGGUCUGCAUCAGUUCUCAGAACCAGGGAUGGUAGUUGUAUUUCAUUGUGUUACGUUUCCUGUGUAAAGAUAACUUGCUGAAGGAUCCCUUUUUAAAGGGGUUUCUCCUGACCUGUGCUUUCAAAACCAAGUAAAAGGACAAUUUACUAUAGACAUUCUUGUUUAAGAUCAUCACUGACUUAGAUGUCACUGUGAACCAUGACACUGAGUUCAGAAUAUUUAAAUAUUCUGAAGGUAUAUGCUGAUCUCUUAGAUUUAGUUCAUGUUACAGUCUUGCUGCUGAAAACAGUAGUACUUUAGGUAUAACUGAGAGAGUCUUAGGGCAGGGGAAAUGUGCUUAAAGAAAAGUGUUUGCACAUACUUUGAAGAGACUGGCUAGGAUUUCAUAUUAGAAAUUAGUUUUCAAAAGCACAUCACUUGCUCCUGCAAGAAUCUUAAGUAGGACACUACCAUGACCAUGCUGAAGAUGAUCGGUUUUGGCUUAUCUUUUAACUGUGUUGGGCUCUGUGUCGGUUUCUUUUUUUCUUUUUCUUUCUUUCUUUCUUUUUUUUUCUUUUUUUUUUCCUCCCCUAGAAAUUUUUUUUAAUUCAGAGAGCCUGGCUUGAAGGUUUACUAUAUGGGCCUCUCUGUAUCCAUGGAUAAUCUGUGAAUGUAUAAUGUACCCAUAACCUGUUUUAAAAAGGAAUGGCUUUGGUUUGUUUGGGUUUUUUAAUUACUUGGCCAAUAAAGGUUGUGGUGUUUUCAGCUCAGUAGCUGCUCUAUAGUAUAUCUUAAUAUCAUAAACUAACUUUAUAUAUACCCACACACACACACACACAUAUAUAUAUAUAUAUAUAUAUAUCCACACAUAUGAUGUUUACCCACCUUCCCAUCUUGCUACUAGAAGUUCCCUUUCAUUCAAGAACAUCAACCUUAACAUGGAAUUUUUCUGCAUUCAUGUUAUUUAGUAUUGUUCUAAAUGAAUUAUUUCCUAUUUAACUUGUUUCUGAUUCUUUAAGAGGGGAAAAUUCUCCUUAGUGCCUUUCACUAACUUUCAUUGUCUGCGCAUGUCCUGAUUUUCACCUUUCUCAACAGCUCUAUUUAGCUGGUUCUGUAUAAAGGGUAAACUCCUAGUCUGUUUAUAUAAUUUGUCUUCCUAUUUAUUGGCUUUCUAACUGUUUGUUUCUGAUUAUUCUUAGUUUUCUGAUAAAUUCAUUAUACUGUAUAUUAUCAGUAUUGUGUCGUUGGAGCAUGUUCAUACCAUAAAAUAAAAUUCUUGAUUCCUAA